AUGAAGUUUGUGCUGUCCGUGUUGUGGUUGCUCCUGACCCUAAACGAGGUUGUUGUGCAAGCUCAGGAUGACUUUGUGUCGCUGGCCGAGUUGGAGGAUUCGUUAUUGAGGAACCUUUUCCGAGGUUACCAGAAGUGGGUUCGGCCUGUGAAACAUGCCAAUGACACCAUUACUGUGCGAUUUGGGUUGAAGAUCUCCCAACUGGUGGACGUGGAUGAGAAAAACCAACUGAUGACUACAAAUGUCUGGCUUUGGCAGGAAUGGGUUGAUGUCAAGCUAAAGUGGAAUCCGGAUGAAUAUGGCGGUAUUACAUCCCUCCGAGUACCUUCUGAGACAAUAUGGCUGCCAGAUAUUGUUCUUUAUGAAAAUGCGGACGGUCGCUUUGAGGGUUCCCUGAUGACUAAAGCCAUUGUUCGGUGGGAUGGGUCGAUCACGUGGACUCCACCUGCCAGCUACAAGUCCUCUUGCACCAUGGAUGUCACUUUCUUUCCCUUUGACCGCCAAAACUGCUCAAUGAAGUUUGGCUCAUGGACUUAUGAUGGAAACAUGGUUGAUUUGGUUCUAGUAGAUAAUUAUGUGGACCGCAAAGACUUUUUUGACAAUGGCGAGUGGGAAAUCCUCAGUGCAACGGGGACAAGGGGAAGCAGGAGGGAUGGGGUAUACUGGUACCCCUUUGUAACUUAUUCCUUCAUCCUCAAGAGGUUGCCCUUGUUCUACACCCUCUUCCUAAUCAUCCCAUGCCUCGGUUUGUCCUUUCUUACUGUUCUGGUCUUCUAUCUACCAUCAGAUGAAGGAGAGAAACUUUCCCUUUCCACAUCUGUGUUGGUGUCACUCACUGUCUUCCUCCUGGUCAUCGAGGAAAUUAUCCCUUCAUCCUCAAAGGUGAUCCCAUUAAUUGGAGAAUACUUGCUAUUUAUUAUGAUUUUUGUCACUUUCUCCAUUAUCGUAACUGUCUUCGUCAUUAAUGUCCAUCACCGCUCCUCUGCCACCUACCACCCCAUGGCCCCAUGGGUGAAGACCCUCUUCCUUGAGAGACUGCCCAAGCUGCUGUGCAUGCGUGGGCAUACCGACAGAUACCACUACUCCGAUGCAGAGAUAAAUAUCCCUGAGGUGAAGGCUCGUAUUGGAAGAAAGGGGACUCAUGGACAUCAGACGACUACUCUGGGAGGGAAAGAAGAGGAAAAUCAAGCCUGGGUUGCCAUGCUGGAGAAGGCCACCCAUUCUGUUCGCUACAUCAGUCGUCACAUCCGAAAGGAGCAUUUCAUCCGUGAGGUUGUACAAGACUGGAAGUUUGUGGCUCAGGUGCUGGAUAGAAUCUUCCUGUGGGCCUUCCUCACUGUAUCAAUAUUAGGAACAGUCCUCAUCUUCACACCAGCCCUGCAGAUGUACCUCAGCUCACCUUAA